AUGAGCAUCGGAGAAUCGAGAACAGUAUCGGCCUGUCGUUAUUGGCCGCCUCGACGCAGUUUCUGUUGCUUGUGGCGCUCAUCCUCCACUCCUCAAACCUUAACUACCACGAUCCUUUCCUCUCGCGGACAUUGGGGCGUCCAUUGUCAUCCAACGUCGCCUGUCGUGUGCUCCAUCGAGCCGGUAAUCCGACUUUGA